GCCACCUCCGAGGGCUCUUUUCGGUUCUUACAGUAGCAUUAAUAGCCCUUGUGACAGCCCCCCGUGACCCCGCCGAUGCUGGUGUGCCAAAAAACUCGCUUUCAGGGCCCGGAGCGCUCCCGGGAGCCUGGAAGGGGCCGCCGCCCCGACUCACCGGGCGCAGGAGGGCGAGGGCCGGGCCCGCGGCCUCUUCCCUGCCCUAGGACUCGGCGCCGCCCCGGCCUCGCUGCCUCUCGGGGCCGAGGGGGAGCCGAGGGACCCCGGCGGGGCUCGGCGGCGGCGCAGAAAUGAGCCGUCAGACUGCCACAGCACUACCUACAGGUACUUCCAAGUGCACGCCAUCGCAGAGGGUGCCCGCGCUGACUGGCACUACAGCCUCCAAUAAUGACUUGGCUAGUCUCUUUGAGUGUCCUGUCUGCUUUGACUAUGUGCUGCCACCGAUUCUGCAGUGUCAGAGUGGCCAUCUCGUUUGUAGCAACUGUCGCCCCAAACUCACGUGCUGUCCCACCUGCCGAGGCCCGCUGGGCUCCAUCCGUAACCUGGCUAUGGAGAAAGUUGCCAAUUCUGUACUAUUCCCGUGUAAAUACGCCUCUUCCGGCUGCGAGAUAACUUUGCCACACACCGAGAAAGCAGACCACGAGGAGCUGUGUGAGUUUAGGCCUUACUCCUGUCCCUGUCCCGGCGCUUCGUGUAAAUGGCAAGGCUCUCUGGAUGCUGUAAUGCCCCACCUGAUGCAUCAACACAAGUCCAUCACAACGCUUCAGGGAGAAGAUAUAGUGUUCCUCGCUACAGACAUUAAUCUUCCUGGUGCUGUUGACUGGGUUAUGAUGCAGUCCUGUUUUGGCUUUCAUUUCAUGUUAGUAUUGGAGAAACAGGAAAAGUAUGAUGGUCACCAGCAGUUCUUUGCGAUCGUACAGCUGAUAGGAACGCGCAAGCAGGCGGAAAACUUUGCUUAUCGACUGGAGUUAAACGGGCACAGGCGGCGAUUGACUUGGGAAGCGACUCCUCGGUCCAUUCAUGAGGGAAUUGCAACAGCCAUUAUGAAUAGUGACUGCCUAGUCUUCGACACCAGCAUCGCACAGCUCUUUGCAGAAAAUGGCAAUUUAGGCAUCAAUGUAACUAUAUCCAUGUGUUGAAACGGCAAUCGAACCUCGUCAGGCCAGUGUUUAAAACCGUUGCAUUUAAUUUAGCAGAAAGUAGGGUAACCAUCUUUGACUGUCAGACAAAUUACUCGGUAGAUGGAGGGUAGACAUAUAUGAAGGUAAAUAAGAGGAAAGGCUGUUAAAUUACAGGAAGCAGUUGCAUGUAGUAACACUAAUAUAUUUAAAAUAAGUCAACAGUAAACCACUGAAAAUAUAUAUACACCCAAAAUGGGCAUCUUUUGUAUUAAGAAUUGAUUCUACAGGAAAUGUUGUAAAAUAAUUCUAAAAACUUGUUUGUAGAUUGAUUGUACUGUUGAAAAGGAUACUGUUUCGUGUUUUCGUUUGUGUUUUUUUCCUCCCCUUUGACUGACAAGCCAUGUUGAGCGGCCCGGUCUCCGGCCGCUGCUUCCCCUCCUCCUCCCGCCCCCCCUUUGUAAGUCACUACAUAGUAUUGCUGCUGUUUGUGUAUAUUUUUUGUGUAUUUGCUAAUUUUUAUUAACUUCUAGUUUUUCAUUAAAUAAAUAUGACUUUCUUUUCUGUAAUUCAGGUUUUUCUCCUUUUUUUUUUUUUUUUGUAUCUUUUAAAAAUUAAUUACAGGUGUCAUCUUUUGAUAUGCAUAAUUGCUAUGGUAAAAGUUAUAUUUCUGUAUGUUUGGUAAAUUUUGUCUCUUUCCAGUAGUCAAUUCAUUGGUGAUACUGUUCUUAAUUGAGCUAUUUUGUGAAUGUACUGAACUCGAAAGGAGUGAUUAUGUUUCAAAGAUGUAUCAGGAAAGAAAGCUCCUUUAAAAACAGAUCUAGAUGUUGUUGUACUUUGAGUUACCUUCUAACAAAAAUGAACAACUAUUAAGCAUUUUCCGAAUGCAAAAAAAAGUAAUAAUUCACGUUUCAAAUUUAGAGAUGCUUAGAAACUUGAGUGCAUCCUUGUAUUUGUUGGUUUUGCAGUACAAAGAAGGUAUUGUCUUACACAGUAUUUGUAAUUAUAAAAACAGACCAUUUGUUUAAAAGGAAAAAAAAAAAAAGGCAGUCAGAAUGAGAUGUUUUCAGUCUUUUUAUAUUUGUCAUUAAAAGAAUACCUGGCAAAUUAAAAAA